AUGGGUUUAGGUCACUUCAUGAAACAAUGUACCCAGGUCAAGAGUACUUGUCGGACAAGUGGUGAAUGUGCUGAUGAUUUAAAACUACAUAUUAGCUCUAAAAUCGAAAAAUGUAUUCACUGUGGACAAAAUCAUAAGUCCAACUCUCUUAAAUGCCAAGUAAUAAAAUCGUUUAGAUCUGAAUUAACAGGUAAAUUAUUAUUUCCUAAUAAUCGUUCAACUUCUUCCACCACCAACAUCUUAAACAACACGAGUAAUUCAAACUUCAAAUAUUCAAGUUCUGAUUUUCCACCAAUGCCUAUGCCUCAAUUUGUACCAACUAAUCCCAAUAAUACUAUGUUAACUAAAUUAGAUGAUUUACUGGGAAAAAUCACAGAGGUAAAUAAUCAUCUUUCAAAUCUUGAAUUAAAGUAUAACAACUUUGAGCAAUUCAUGAUUGAAAAAAAAGAAAGUGAUUUACUAAUUAAAGAAAAUGUACAUUUAUUGUCCAAACAAUCUGUUGAAUUUAAAAAAGAUUUAGUUCAUCAUAGUCUUUUAAUUGAACGACAUGAAAAUUUAUUCAUGAAAUUAAUGCUACCAAUGUUCGAAGAUUUUUUUGGUCUAAUUGCAUCACAAAAUCAGGACAAAAAAGGAAAUAUACUUGAUCCUGAUCUUAAACUUAAACUUGAACGUUAUCUUAUCCAAAUGAAGAAAACAAAAGAAGGUGAAAACAGAAAUGGUGGUGUCUUAAUGCUUAUUAAAGAAGAUAUUUCGAUAAGUAGAGUUCCCUGCAAGUUACCUAAUGUUUGUGUAGUUGAUAUUAAAGGUGAAGAAGAUUUUAGAUUAAUUGGUGUAUAUGCACCUGAUAGUAAAACAUGGUCAUGGGAUGAUCUCUCCCAUUUCUUAUCAAAGAAGUGUAUUAUUUAUGGUGAUUUUAAUGUUGAUAUCAUGCAGGAUGGAAAGAAAGCUGAAAUAUUACUUCAAUGGGCUGAUGAACAAUUUCUAUCUCAAGUUCUACCGAAUUCUCCAACGUCUUUAAGAUCUGAUAGAGUAAUCGAUUAUGCAUUAGUGCGAGGUCUAAAUCUUGAUAUUCAAGUAUAUAAUGGAAAUACAACCAGUGAUCAUCUUCCAAUACUCUCUGUUAUUCCCUUGAAAGUUUUACAACAAAAAUUAGGAAAAAAUACUCAUUGGAAAAUUUUUUUAAAAGCAUCAAAUAUUAUUAGACCUCAUCCUUAUACUGAUUCGCCUCCAAUUGAAUAUGAUAAUAAUAAUGAAGUUAUUCCUGAAGUAACACUAGAUGAACUUAUAAAUACAGUUCUAGCUAAAAAGAAAAAAAGUCUCUAG